UUAGUCAAAAUGGCGGAUGAAGUGACCAAACUAAAGAAUCAUCUGAGUUUAUUAAAGGAGGAGUAUGUAAAACUUCAAGAACGUUUUGCUGAUGUUGAGAAGAAAUACCAAGUAGCUUUAGCCUCUAGUGGUGAUGGAGGAGAGAAUAACUUUGUUUCUAAGUUACUUGGUGUUGUGGCAGAUUUAUUUGAUAAAGAGCAAUAUAGUGAUGUGAGGAUCUUGUUAGAAGGGGGGCAUCAGCUAAAUUCUCACAAGUUUGUUUUAUCAGCCCGAAGUGAUGACUGGGGUAUAGCAGAAAUUGGCAAUGGUGCAGAAUUAGACCUUACAGAUAUAAAGUAUGAAGUUGGACAUGCUAUGAUGAAAUGGGUUUAUACGGAUGAGAUAAAUAUAAAAGUAGAAGAUACAUUUUUAUUAGAAUUAUUACGAGCUGCCACAAGAUUUAAGUUGGAAUCUCUUCGUGUUAGAUGUGAGAAUGGUUUGAUGUCAUUUGUAAAUAUGAAGAAUUGUAUAAAAUUUUAUCAGACAGCAGAGGAAAUGUCAGCAGAAGUAUUAAAACUUCAUUGUUCAGAACUUAUCACUAAUCAUUGGAAUGAUUUUACCAGUGAUGAUUUUGUUUAUCUACCAGCACCUCUGUUAUAUAAGAUGUUUAAAACUAAAACAGAAUAUCCUCUACAUACAUCUAUCAGAGCACAAAGAGAAGAUGUUGUCUUCCUUUUCUUAAUAGAAUAUGAUUCUAAGUUACAAAUAAAACUAAAUGAACUGGAUGAUAAAGGUGAUAUUGCUUUAGACUUGGCCCUCCAGUCUAAACAAGAGAGUAUAAGUCAGACUUUAAUUAAUCAUAAAGCAGAUGUUAAUAAAACAGAUAAAGUAGGAAAAUGUCUUCUACACAAAGCAAUCAAAAGAGGAGAUGAUUACGCAGCAAGUUUUUUGAUUAAGAAUAAUGCUGAUGUCAAUAUGUCCACACAUCUGGAUAAAGAAACACCUUUACAUAUGGUGGCAACCUUUAACCCGGAAGCUGUAAGUUCUGUUGUCAUGACCGGCAUGGCUAGAAUAGCUAAACAACUGUUAGAACACAAGGCUGAUGCUAAUGCACAAGAUACUACAGGAAGUACACCUCUACAUACAGCCGUAGUUUGUAAUAAUCGCGCAGUAUUACAAGUUUUAUUGGAGACUGGUAAACCUGAUUUAGAGAUUAAAAAUUCUGAUGGUUUUACAGUUUUAUGGCUGGCUUUACAUGAGGAAGGGAAUAACAGUAACUAUGGUGAUGAUAGUUUUGCAGCAAUGUUAUUGAAACAUGGAAGUUCACCAAAUGCCAUAGAACCAGAAUCCGGAAAUAGUUUACUACAUCUAGCAGCUAAAGAGGGUAAUGAAGCAGCUGGCAUAUUUCUAGCUAAACAUGGUGCUAAAGUUGAUCAUACUAAUAGCAAGGGAGAGAGUGCACUACAUCUAGCCUGUCAAACCGGUUUGAAAAAACUGGUUGAGAUUAUAUUAGAAAAUGGAGGCAAUUCCAACAUACAGACUAAAGCUGCAUCAGAUCUGAUAUCAAAUAUGUCUGACAUGGAGGGUACCCCGGCCAGACAAACACCGCUACAUGUAGCACUAACAAAUAAACAUAAUGAUAUUGUUCAAGUCUUUCUAGAUUUUAAAACUAAUCUCUCCAAAAAACCUAACAAUCUAGCAGUUGUUCCUAACUUCAACAUUAAAGAUUCGCAAGGGCAGACAAUUUUAGGUUUAUCAUUAUGGAAUGGUCAACAUGAAGUAGCAGCCAGAUUAUUAAUGGCAGGAGCUAAUAUAAAUGAGAAGAAUGCAGAAGGUUUAACACUAUUACAUCAAGCUAUAGAAAAACAAGAUACAAUAGCUGCUUUAUUUCUUAUAGAAAAUAAUUCAGAUUAUGAGGCAAAAUCUCCAGACCAGUUAACAGCAUUACAGCAUGCUAUACAGCGCCAUCUACCUGUGGUUGUUGAUACAUUAUGUAGUAAAAGUUGUAAUAUGAAUGUGAUAGAUACUGAAGCUAAUUGUCCGUUAUGGCAAGCUUUAGAUUCAGGACAGGAAGACAUUGCUCAUACACUGGUACAAUAUAAAUGUGAUGUUAAUUUCUGGUCACCUGGACCAGGUGGCUGCCAACAAACUUUGUUACAUCGAGCAAUUGAUGAAAAUAAUGAAUCUGUUGCAUGUUUCCUUAUUAGAAGUAUGUGUGAUAAAAAUAGUCCUAGAAAAGAAGGAUUGGAUGGACAGGGUGGAGAUGAGGCUAAAGAUGGUCAGGCACCUUUACAUCUAGCAUGUGCUUGGGGUCAAGAAAAGGUUGUUCAGUGUUUAAUGGAACAUGAUGUUAAUAUGAAUAUUCAGGAUGCUGAAGGUAAAACGCCAGUCCACAUAGCUAUAGAAAAUCAACAUGCAGUAAUUAUCUCCCUUCUGUUAGCUCAUCCGAUGAUAGAUCUUACCAUUAGAGAUAAAACUGGUCAAACUCCAUUUUCUGUUGCUAUGGCAACUAAAAAUAAUAAAGCUGCUCAAGCUAUAUUAAACAGAGAACCAACUGCAGCAGAACAGAAUGACAAUAGAGGUAGAAAUUUUCUCCACCUGGCUAUACAGAAAUGUGAUAUAGAAAGUGUGUUGUUUUUGAUAGCUGUACAUGCUAAUGUUAACUCUCGGGUACAAGAUUCUAAUCAAUUAACACCAUUACAUCUUGCUGUUAUGGCUGGCUCCGAAAUUAUCGUAAGAAAUCUGUUAUUAGCAGGAGCCAGUGUAAAUGAACCAACUAAAUCAGGUGAAACAGCUCUCCAUCUAGCCGCUAGUAACGACAGUAGUGCUAUAUGUGGAGUAUUAUUAGAAAAUAAUGUGGAUUAUGAUGCUGUCGAUGAAAAUCUCAAUAAUGCUUUACAUACAGCUGUGUAUCAUGGUCAUCUAAAUUCUAUUAAAAUUCUUCUCACAGAAUCCAGAAUUAAUGCUGAAGCUGUUAAUGCUAAAGGUCAAACUCCACUCCACAUCUUAGGUCAACAUAAUCGUGAGAAUUCCGCAGCCAUAUUUGAAUUAUUCCGUGAAACGAUGCCUGAGUAUCCGAUUGAUAUUCCUGAUGAUGACGGAAAUACAGUGUUAUUAUUAGCCUAUAUGAAUGGUAAUGGUAACCUAUGUAGAGCAUUGGUAAGAGCUGGUACGUGUAUGGGUGUGGUCAAUAAGCAGGGUUUAAGUAUAUUUAAUGCACCAGUUGCUACAAAACAGUUAUUAUUCAAGUUAUUAGAUAUGUUAUCAGCAGAGCCACCAUGGAGUGAAGGAGAGCAUUGUUUAGAAUGUAAUGUUAAAUUUGGUAUCAAAACUAGAAAACAUCAUUGUCGUCAUUGUGGACGUUUAUUAUGCUCAAAGUGUUCAGCUAAAGACAUGCCAAUUAUAAAAUUUAAUCUGUCAAAACCUGUACGUGUGUGUAAUACUUGUUUUGAAGUUUUAACUCUUGGUGGAGGCAUGUAAACAUCUCACAGUUAUUCCCCCUGUCACCUAUUUACAUUAUGAGAUGUAUUGGUUUGUGAAAGGAAAAUGUGUUUCUAGUAAGAUGUGAAAAGAAAGAAUAGUGUAUAAUACAGUUAUAUGUAUUCACAACCUAUCACUGGUUAUUCUUCCACAAAUUUGAAUAUAGAUAAUGUAUUUGAAAUGUGAAUCAAGUAGCGAUUUAGAAAGUGAAAGUAGUACACAUGUGAUAAUAAAUAGAGAGACCCAUUUAUUCCAUGUCAGCUUGUAUAUAUAAACAAUGGGAUGAAAUUUAACAUCCAAUCUGAUUUUCAAGAGACAUCUUGCCGUAGCUAAUUAGAACAACACAAAUUUCCUUUUUAGUUAGAAUAUUAAUUACCAUAAUAGUUUGCAACAACUGCCAUGGUACUACACAUGUAUGUAUGAAACAAGUAUUAUUUUCUUUCUUAUUUUGAAAAUGUGAGACAUUUUCUAAGGCUAAUAGAUAGAAGAUUUUU